AUGUCUGUCACUCCUGAAUUGGCCAAAAACGGUCAGGGAACUUUUGUAAGGCCCAGCAAGCGGCAGAGCAGAGCGGACGACGACAUUCGCGGUAGAUUGAGCGAUAGCAUAGAGGAGAAUCCUAGCGAUAUCUGUACAUAUCUAGAGCUUGUGCGACUGCUUCAGGACGAGGACCUGUUGCCGGAUGCACGCCAAGUGCUGGACAAAUUACAUGAACGAUUCCCGCUGUUUGCGCCUCUCUGGACGAUAGAACUCGGGUAUGACCUUGAACGUGACGAAUUUGCACACGCAGAGACUCUGCUGACGCGUAGUCUUUCGGGUGAGCUGGACAAUAACGACCUCGGGUUGUGGUUUAUGUAUCUGGACUUUGUUCGUAGGAAGAACAACAUCAUUACAGGCGGCGAAGAAGCACGCAGCGUGGUACUUAAGGCAUUUGAUGCAGUAGCCACGAAGUGUGCAAGCUUCGAGCCGCGGUCAUCUGCGUUUUGGGCCGAGUAUUUGUCAUUUCUAGAACAUUGGAAGCCUGUCAGUAAGUGGGAGGAGCAACAACGAGUAGAUCUCACACGUUCACUGUACAAGCGCAUGCUUUGCAUCCCUUUUGAUGGGCUGGAAAGGUCGUGGAGCAAAUACACGCAAUGGGAGCAAGAAGUAAACUCUCUCACAGCCAGAAAGUUUAUCGGAGAACUUUCAGCCAACUACAUGAAGGCAAGAUCGCUGUAUCAGGAAUGGGCUAAUAUAACAAAGGGUCUAAGAAAGACACUGCCAUCACGUAUCUCACAGUGCUCUCGUCAAACAAUCCCGCAACCGGAUCAAUAUGAUAUCGAGCAACUGCGGUUGUGGAAAGAAUGGAUUGAUUGGGAACUGCAAAAUAAGCUGGAUUUACCAGAACCAGAGCACGCCCAACGCAUAGAAUACGUUUACAAACAAUCCAUACAACACCUUUUGUUUUCUCCUGAAAUUUGGUAUAACUACUCCAUGUACGUUACGUCAAGUUCGAGUGCUAAAGCAAGAGACAUUUUGGCGAUAGGAACGAAAGCGAUCGCGAAUUCUUGCACACUUGCUUUCAAGCUCGCGGAGUCUUAUGAGCUUCAGAACGAUGUUAAUGAAAUGCAAUUGAGUCUCGAGAGAUGCAUCGACCACUUGGUCCUGGAGUAUCAUAUUAUGAGCGAUGAAAACCAAGACACUUACGAGAUAAGACAAAAAAUUACUUUUGCUUACUGCAUCUAUAUGAAUGCAAUGAAACGAGUCUCCGGGCUCUCUGCUGCUCGUAAGGUCUUUGGUAAAUGUCGUAAGCUGAAAGACCUUUUAACUCACGAAAUUUACGUCGAGAAUGCAUACCUGGAAUACCACAAUCAGAAUGACCAUAAGACAGCUUGCAAAGUACUAGAACUGGGGAUGAAAUAUUUUGCUGACAGCGGUGAAUAUGUGAACAAGUAUUUGGACUUCUUGAUACUAAUUAAUCAAGAUAGUCUUAUAAAAUCGUUAUUCGAAACCUCACUGGACAAAGUAGUGGAUGCAGACCAACUGCAGACCAUCUACAAGAAGGUUAUCAAUUAUGAAUCAAAAUUUGGGAGUCUAAACAAUGCAUACUCCAUAGAGAAUCGAUUUUUUGAGAGGUUCCCACACUUGGAGAAAAUCGAGGUUUUCACAGACCGAUACCAGGUGCAAGACAGCAACUUGAUAAAAAGAUUGGAACUCAACUAUUUGUACGACUCUGGUAUUCAGAUUCCAGCAACAGAGAAUGGUCGUAAAAGACUCAGAGAAACGUCAAACUCAGCAUCCACAUCCAAUAACAAUAAAAGACAAAAAUCCGAAGAUUUUGUCACAGACAAGGUCAUGGAAAUUCUCAAGUUCUUGCCAAAACGUCAAUAUUUUAAGACUGCCGUUUUGGACGCUGAAAAGCUAACAAGGUAUUUGUCUGAAAACGUAACGAUUCCGUCUAGUGCGGAGGCCAAUUAG